AUGCACGUACCGGCCUCGGCCGCAUUUCCGGGCUCGCUGGACGAGGGACGGACGGCCGUAUCGGGCUCAUUUCUGGGUGUUCCAGCCGUCAGUAAGCACACGCGCACGACGCAAGCGUCGCCGCCUCCGCGGCGGCCAAUUUCGGUCUGUGUCUAUAUCGAGCGGGACCCGCCUCCGAGUCGGCGCAUGCCUCGACGGGCGAGCAGAGAACAGGUCGUCUUCGGGCGAGAUGGCGUAUCGCCGCAUUCUCAUGCUCUGCGGUUCGCUGCUGAGGUGACGCUCGAGACUGCGCUCUGCUCCGCGGGCGAGCAGGGUCCGGGCGUCAGGAAUUACCCGAAGACGGGGCGGCCAUACCGGAGGCGCAAGGACGGGCCCAAGACGCCGAAGAUGAUUCUGGACUCGGACAUCGACUCGGAGGACGAGGUGGAGAGCGACAUCGGCAGCGAGUAG